AUGAUCUCAGGACCUGAUUUUAGAAUCAAGUCUUGUCAUUCUUAUAAGAAUCCAGAAGCAGACAGGAACUGUGAAACCAGUGCCUAAAACAAGGUUUAGGGAGAUAUUUUCAGAUAUGGCAUUGGAAGAAAAAUAUGGAUAGUUAUUAAAGUACUACUUUUGUGUGUACCUUCCAUCUUACAUGUCCUGAUACAUUGAAUAAUGCAAAUUUCUAGGCCCUUUUUUAUCAUCUGAGUAUACAGAGGAAAGCAUGGAAUAAUGUGUCUCUCUUGGCUGACACAUAACAAAGUUGUUCUUGCAAGAUGUCCAGGAGUUACCAGUGGAACUGUAAAUAGCAGACUGAGUUUAAGAGGCUCUUAGUUGCAGAGAGGAGGCAGCAGCCUCUAUUUUGUUUAUGCUAGUAUAGAAGCAUUGCUUGUGUUUUGCAUCAGGUAAGUGCAUGCAUCGGGGCCAACGUGUUCAACAUAGCGACAGAAAAAGGUACUGGCCUCUACUUUUGGCAGCCUCCAGCGUCAGGUCCAGGGGAUUGGGGAUGAGGCAGUGAAAGGGAUGGGGUGCUCUGGGCCGAGUAAGUAACCGCAGACACUGGAGGUUUGAAUUUUUAUUACCAGCCUUAAAAUCCUAAUUUCAAGGAGAGACUAAGAUAGCGAGCCUCCUCGCAACUGAGUUUGAGGAGAUGCUGAAUUUCUGUUCUGGAGGUUUUUGUGCUUACGCAUGUUUGGUCUCUACUCUGCAGCUGUGGCUGACGUUCGCUCCUGUGGCUGAUAAGACAGCUGCCUACUUCCACAUUUCCCUGGAGACGGUCAACUGGCUCUCAAUAGUGUACCUCCUCAUCUCCAUCCCGUUUGGUCUGGUGGCAACGUGGGUUCUUGACAGCGUGGGGCUCCGGUGUGCUGUGAUCCUGAGUGCAUGGCUGAACAUGAUGGGUAGCAUCACCCGGAUGUUCAGCGUCCUGAAGUUCCUGAGCUUGGGUUCCCGGAGUUACUGGUACCUGUUUAUUGGGCAAUGCCUCUGUGCACUGGCGCAGCCUCUUAUCAUCUUUUCACCAACAAAGCUGGCAGCACUGUGGUUCCCAGACCACCAGAGAGCGACAGCAAAUAUGAUUGCAUCAAUGGCCAAUCCCUUAGGCAUUCUUAUAGCAAACUUGUUGUCACCUGCACUAGUUCCUGAAGGAAAGCACAUUCCACUGAUGCUGGGUGUUUAUGCUGUCCCAGCAGUAACUGCCUGUGCCCUGGCAACACUGGGGAUUCACGAGAAGGUUCCUCCCACGCCUCCUUCAGCCAGUGCCACUAACUCCAACUCACAGCCGUUCUUCACGGGGCUCAAAAUGCUCCUGAGAAACAAGCCAUACAUCAUCCUGGCAGUGUGCUUUGGAGGAGGAAUUGGGAUGUUCACCUGCUUUUCAGCCCUGCUAGAACAGAUCCUUUGUGAAAAGGGGUAUUCAAAUGCUUCUCGGUUCAGACAUCAGGCCAUCAUGUUGGCCAUCACCAGCUCACUCUUCGGUUUCUUCGGUUUUGCCAUCUACCCCAUUGCCAUGGAGCUGGCUGUGGAGUGCUCCUACCCCGUGGGAGAGGGCACGUCUACAGGCCUGAUUUUUGUUGCAAGCCAGGUUGAAGGUGUGAUUUUGAUGAUUCUGCUACAAGCCCUCACUGUCCGUGUUUCUGAGGAUCCCUUCUCCACCUGUGCCCUUGACCAGGAUGGAGCCUUGGACUGGACAACUCCGGUGCUGGUGCUGGCUGGCCUCUGCAGUGCUAUGGCUUGUUGCUACGUCAUCUUCUUCCACACGGACUACAAGCGACUCCAUGCUGAAACGAUCGGUGGUGAUUUGGUCAAGGCAGAAGAUACAGCAACAGCAGAUGUUCCUGAAUCCUAAGCAGGCCAAAAAGGGGAUGCUGAGGACCAAGGGCUCGGACCUGUGGGCAUGGACCAAUGCUCAUCUGGCACACUGGGAUAUCCUGGGUCCUGUUGCACAACAAGCAAGACUAGAGCAAAGGGCACCUUUGGUGUGCACCCCUCAAUCUUGCAUUUAUUUGGGGAUCUGGGCUGAAAGAAAUGCUGUCCUGACAGAAAGGUCAAAGUGGGACUGGACAACUAUGCAUGUAACUGAAAUUUUUAUCUGACUUGAUUCAAGCUAAAGAAAUGUUGCAGAGGAGGGGAGCAUCAUAUUUCAGCCAUUUUUUUGUUUUCAUAUACUUGGAUCAAGGGUGAAGGUUUCAGAGGGAUGGGAGCUGUGCCUACCACAAACCCAGUGGAAAACUUCUGUUUAAGGACUGUGGUUCUUGUGCAGCAUAACAACUCUUCUACUCUGAGGUUGGAUCUGAUCGUGUCUCUUAGCUAAAAGGCAGUAGGAGCCAGAGCAUCCUUUCGUUUCAGCAGGGAAGUGAAAGUAUGUGAUCUGUAAUACAAGUCUGUUACAAUAAGCCACUUUGUCUUCUCCUACAGACAGGAGAAGAAAAGCCUUGCCUGCAGUGGUGCCUGUAAAAGAAAAUACCAGCAAGCAGCAGGAGUUAAAUAUGGCAACAUUCCUCACCCAUCUGGUUCCCUGCCAGGUGCUGAGACAUUCAGGUUAAGCUUGUUUCACUUGGGCUUCUGUUUCUCCUCCUCUCCUGCAAUUUCAGUGGUUCAAGUUUUCCACAAGAAGACGAACCUACCUGCUGGUGUAAUAUUAGGGUAGUGUGACGCUGUCCUAUGGAGGAAAACUGAGAGGGCAGCUCACUGUUAGGGCAAUGACACAGCAGGGCCUGCUGUGGUGAAAACGGGCAGAAGAACUGGCAAAGAUGACCUCUUAGAGAGUGCAGGGACUUGUCAUAAGUUUCUACAGGUAUUAGGGGCUCUGGAGGGAAGACCAAGUGAGAAACAACAUCAACAAACACCUUCCAGUUCUCUCUGCAACUGACAAGUGUUCAUCAGUGUUAUAAGAGAUGGGGAGUAACACAAAAGAUCCCAUUUGGAGUUCAGUUACGCUAGCAAUUACUAUGGGUAAAACUGGAUUUUUCCUCUUAACAGUACUUCCACUGCAGUCUGGUGUCCUGUUUUGGUGUUCAGGUCUACGUGUACAACCUGAGAAAUUUUUUCCUUAUAACAUUUAGGUGGUAAAAAAAUUUAGAUAGUUGGGAUUUCAUAGUGCUUCAUACCAUGCAUAUUGCAAAGGAAUAUCAGUACUUACUGAUUAAGGGAUCUUGAUGCAAAUUGGAUCUGUGACUAGCUUUGUUCAGUCCAGCUAAAGGAUGAUCCCAGUGCCAAGGAUGCACUUUCCCUGAGAAGCACUGUACAAAGGAGAUGUCUUAGUGCCUGAAUUCUCUUCCCCAUUAGAAACUGGAAAGCUCUCCCUUUGCGAAACACCCAUCUGCAAUCUGCAUCCUCCUAGGGAGCCUGCUCGUUCCUACAGCUCCAGCCUUGAUCUCACCAGUAAGCACUGAUGUUUUUCAAAAGGAGAAGGAAGGAAUUCUGAAACCGAAGUGAAACAAAAUUGUUUAAACCUCUCAGAGGAAUGAGAUUAGCUGUCUUUUGUAAAACUAGCUGCACUCCUGCAACUAACACGCCAAACAGAUUAACACCAAAUUUACCUGCCACUUUUGAGUUCUACUGUACUGGGAAGCAAGAAGCACUUGGUACUUUAUAAUUUUAUAUAUUUACAAAUGUUUAUGUUUUUUAAUAAAGGGUGGUUUAAGAAAAGAUUAA